CGUGGUUAAAUAAGUCUUUAAAACCUGUUGAUGGUCCUGUGAUUGUUUGUAACAAUAGUGAAAUGUGAGUGCAAAGUUUAAUAUAAUUCCCGCGUUUAUAUGAUGUUUUAGAAAGUGAAUUUAAUCGAUUAUAAUAAAUACUCGCAAUGUGACAUUUGUAAUAAAGUGAAAAACAAUGGAGCAAGUGUUUUCUGUUGCUGACAAACUGUCAAAAGUAAUCAGAAAUAUGCAAAAAUGUUUACAAUGUACAAUUUGUUUACAAACAAUAUCAGAUCCGGUAAAAACACAUUGCGGACAUCGAUUCUGUCGUAUAUGUAUUCAAACAGUGAUACAAAAUAAAAAUGCGCUCUGUCCAUUGUGUAAUUGUACCAUACAACGUCGCAAUAUUUCAAAAGAUGAGAACACGGCGAUAUAUAUCAAACAAUUACAGAAUAUAAUUGAAGCAAUUCAGUUAGAUUCAGGCAUCGAUAUAGUGACUCAUUUAUCAGUAUUAAACAUGUGCGAGACCUCGUCGAACAACACCGAGGAUCUGAUAAAACCAAGCUGCUCUUACGCGAACGACACCCGUCAAAAGGCACAACCGACCGGCAAUAAUAAUGUAAAAGGCAAAAGGAAAAAGGGGGGGAGAAAGUUCACGCAGAAGAAGAAAAUCGUGGCUAAGGAAAGCAACAGCAUGACGAGAUACCUGUCGAGAUGCGGCCUCUCCGGCAUAGAGCCGUUGGAGGCGUCGAACGAUUGCUCUGGCGAGAAAUCGUUAGAGGACAAAGUGUACAGCUGGCUGGACACUUUGCCGGAGAACGAGAAUUUCGAUCCUGACGUAGUCGUAAAGGUGGAGCACGUGGAUUCCGACCUGGACGAUACACUGACCAUGUCCGUCUCCGAGAACGAUGCCCCUAGCAAGAGGAUAACAGACACGAACGUGGAUCCGGACCUCGAACCAUCAACGGCGUGCGAUAAAAGUGAUGGGGAUCGAUCGACGGGCAAAGAGAUUCCGGAGGGUUGUUCGAGGGACGACGAGAACGAUAAAAAGUCCGGAAUAAACGUGGGAAAUUGCUCGUCGAGAGUGGACACGAAGCCAGAUACCAAGUCUAAAACUGUUAAGUCGAGCGACGAUGGGAAGGGGAAGAGCGAGGAGAAGUUCAUCGAGGUCCAGAGAACGUCUCCUUGCGACAUGUUGUCCGCUAUGCAGAGGAACUGGUCCUCGGUUGCCAAGUUCGGCAAGGAGAUGCGCGCAAAGAGGAAGAGAUUAAAGUGUUUGGACGUGAGUAUCGAGAAACGUCGAUCGAUGGGCGAGGUGGACAGAGAGGAGGAGGUCGGAUCGUCGAGCGAUAGGCGAGGGGGGAGUAAGUGCGAAAAAUCGAACGUGGACGAAGAAUUGCUCGAAUGCGAGAACAGCUUGGGGGCGACUCGUUACGACGGCGUUGAGGGAGAGGAUAGAGAGAGAUCGAUAGUCCAGCCGUCUGACGAGUCGUCCUUCGUCACGUUGGAGGGGGAUGGCAAGAUACGCAUCCGGAAUUUGAACACCUGUCAGAUGAACGCGAUCAUCGGUGUCUCGGAUGAGAAUGGUCGAAUUGAAGGCGUCGAGGGAGAGGAGGAGGAAGAGGAAACGGAGAGACAGAUGGAGGUGUUCAACACGCCUGUUCACGAUCGUUCCAAGAUAUUUUCCCAAAUGAUACCGGAAGAAUCACACGAUGACCAAGAUCGAGCGAAUCUGGUUGACGAAUCGGUUAAGCGAAGCUUGCCAAUCUCGACAAAUGAGCGAGCGGACGAGGCAGGUCGUUCUACGCCUAGUCGUAAGAGGUUGUCGUUGAAAAGGCAGAGCGAGGAUUCGAAAUCGAAUAACACCUCCAACUCGGACGUUGGCUCGCGAUUGAACGCCGUCAGGCGAGACUUGAAUCGUCAGAUUGACAAGGAAGACGUUGACGUAGGGAACGUGGACGGAAUAACCGGAAGAGGGAAGCGAAAAAGCACGGGUGAGGAACGAGAGAGAAAUUUAGCGUCGAACGAUUACGCGGGCAGAAGAAUGGGGGACAAGAAGCGUAAUAAGUCCCUGGUCACGUUUAAGAAGCUGGGGAAAUUUUACAAGCGAGGCAACGAGAGGAGGAUAAAGAAGCGCGUCCCGUUCUUUUAUUUGGGCGCAACCGAGAAGGAGACGAGUUAUUAUUCCGGUUUGCACGCGCAUAAAUCGCGCGAUCUCGUCGCCAUGUGUUGCAACGCGAGGCUUGAACAAGAGAUCAAGAGUGGAACGAGUACAGGAUCGAUAACAAGUAGCAGCGGGAACGUUAAAAAUGUCGCGAAGGAACGGAUGAAAUCGAAGGUGAAAGUCGACGAUCGAACUGUAUCUGAGAAUCAGGUGGAGGAUGUGGCUGGCGGGCGAAUUUGCGAGGAAAUUAUCCCUCGUCCGAUCGGCAACGCGAAUAAAUCCUACGACGUGGACGUGCUCUUGGUAUCCUCGGACGAUGAGCCAUCGAAAUCUUCGAUUUCUAAAACCGAUUCGUCGUGCAAGGACACAGUGAGAAUGCCAUCGCCAUCGAAAGAUUGUCCCCCGGCACGACUCCUCUCUUCCUCGCCUCCGAUAGACACUCUUCAAACCCAAAAACUGAACGAGGCCGAGCCCGAGCCAGCGAGAAGGAAAAGGAAAGGAGACAAAUCGUCUUUCGCGUGUAUUUCGCCGCAAUGCAAUUCCGGUUGCGCGUCGAUCGAAAAGAGGAAAUGCUCGAUCGGGAAUCAGAGGACAUUUUUUCACGAGAAGGGGGCGAAGGAGAGUUUGGAGAGAGAGGAUGAUGAUUCGACCCACAGUCUGUCGUCGCAGGCCACGUGUAUCAGAACUACGACGCCCGAGAUGAAAAAUUUAUCGAGGAAAAGUAAGGAGAAACGAUCGCCGAACCCGAGCAGCAGGGAUACCGAGCUUAUCCGAACAGGCGAGAAUUCGGAUCGGGACACGGUGAAAACUUACGAGAAGAAGGUACGAGAAAAGGUGUACAACAGGAUCGUGUUGCUGGACAGUUCGGAAUCUGAAUCUACGGACUUUGCUUUCUUGGACGGCAACGGUAACGAUGGUUCUGACGCCUCUCCGAAAACCGAAAAGAGAAAACGUACCGCCUCCUUCGAUUCCGCCGACGAAACAGACUUGAACGCGAUUGUGAGCAAUUGGUGCAACGAUGGAAAACUCGACGAGAGGUGUAAGAAGAAAGGGAAACUGGAGCGAGCUCGAGAUGCUCUCGAUUCGAGCGCGUCUAAUUUUUCGACCAAAUCUUUGGACCUGGUGGUUGAGAAAUUUGGAAAGGAGAAAUCGAAUUCCAAUUGGACGAAGAACUUGGAGGACAGGAUGGCGCUAGCUGUCGACGAGGACUCCCCUGAUUUUUGCGCGGUAAUAGACAAAGUGCAGAAUGUACGGAACGGAACGAUGGUAUUUAAGGAGAAACAACGACAAGAGAACGCGAAGACGGCGGACAGUCUGAUGCAUGACAACUUCGACGAAAUCAUUGCGAAUGUGAAUACGGCAGAUCUGAUUGCCGAUUCUGAUGAUGGAAAGGGGGACAAAUCUAGAAGGGAAGAAUAUAUGGAGGGGAAGAACGAUUGCGAGAGAAAAUCUAAACAGUGCAGCGAAAAAAUUCGAUCGUGGAAUAACGAGAUUCCUCAUAACGGUUCUGAUAAAGAAAACAGGAACAAAAUGGACGUGUCCGGUAGUGACAAUGGCAACGAUGAAGAUCCAGUAUGUGUAAAUGUGAGUAAUAAGAGUUGGAGGAAGGAUAGGUUUCAGGAAAAAAUGAGAGUCGAAUCGUGUAGUAAAGAAUCGACGAGGACAUUGAUAGAGAAUCCAAUGACUUCGUCUGAUAAGAGGUUCCAAAUAAAUAACAGUGCGAAUAGUUCGAUGGUUAAAGAUAUGUACGAGUAUGAUUCUUUGAUGGCCGUCACGCAAGAUGAUUUGAUGAUUAAACAAUUCGAAGAAGAUCUGUUUGGUAAACCUUCCAAACAUUCUAAUGAUACUUUAAAUAAGGAACAGAGGACCCCAAAAAGCUUAAAGAAGAAUAAAGAAUGUUCAAGAGAGAAUGAAAAGAAUAUCCAGGACGUUGAACACUCGGGUGAAGAAGACGACAUUGUUGAGAACACUCCUAAAGCAAAGAGGAAAAAAUUAGAAGCAAUCAAUUCGCCGAGAGAGAGUUUGCCAUCGAUUUCGAAGACCAUCGAAAAGUCAGCCUACGUCAGAACACCAUCAUCGAUCAUGACCACCGGAAGCAACCUGGCUAGCACUCCAGGCUCGAUGACCAAUAUCCAACCACUCCAUCAAAGCACCCCUAAAGUACAGCAAUUCAAAAACAUAACCGGCAUCGCAAAGCGAAUUUCUGUCAUGAACGAACAGUCCAACAGCAAACAAACGAAGAACAUUGUUCAGAGAAUCGGUAGUCAGAAAAGUGCUUCUCAGAGAAGCAAUGUUCAGAAUAUCACUCGAACAAGUAUCGAGCAGAGGAUCAAUAUCCAGAGAAGCGAUCUUCAAAACGCUAUGCAAAGAAGCGAUCAGAGGAACAGUGACCAAGAAAGUAACGUUCAAAUCACUAGUCAAAGGAACAACGAUCAGAGAAGCAUUGUUCAACACGAAAUCGUUGAAAGGAACGAUAUUUCCUCCCAAAGGAAUACGCAGAAGCUUUGUUUCGUGUGCAGCGGUCUGGUAUUAUCCGAAAUAGAGCAAGUGAAGACAUUGGCGCAAAAAGUGAACGUGAAAUACAGACAGCAAUUUGAUCAGGAAGUGACACACGUGAUAGUGAAAGCGGACAAAGACAAUAGCGCUAACAAGACUUUGAAAUAUCUGCAGGGAGUAGCCCAUAAAAAAUGGAUCGUGGGCUUCGAUUGGGUGAUCAAUUCGUUGAAGGAGAAUAGGUUGGUGAACGAGGAACCGUACGAGGUUGUAGACUCCAGAACUCUUGAGGCUGGCCCUCGAAGGUCACGGCUCAGAGAGAAAGAUCUAUUCACUGGAUUCGUGUUUUUCUGCAAUGGACCUUAUGAUAAUGUUUCCGUGCAACAGUAUCAGGACAUGCUACGCGCUACUGGUGCCAUUGUGGUCCAGUCUCUAUCUGCUCUAGCCGCUGAAAAAAGUCGAUUGAGAAUCAUCAUGAUCCAGGCGGACAUGUACGAAUACGAAAUUAUAAAAUGGUAUAGAAUGGUUCAUGCCAUAUCAAUCGUCCACGAAUGGGUAGUCGAGUGUAUCAGUCAAUACAAACUGAUAUCAUUCUAUCCAUAUCUGCAGGAAUUAUCGCGACAGGACGUACUUGCACUUGGUUAUCCGGAAUAUCUCCUCGAAGAAGAGGUUGACGAGGACUCUGAUAACUCAUGUGAUGUGUCAAUGUGAUAUUCGAAUCAGGUUCAUUUAGUUUUAAUGUAAUUACACGCCGAUUCUUAUCCACUUCUGCUUGAUUUCGUGUCCAAUUUACAUCAGUGCCAAAUCUUUCUAAUCAAAAUGUACGUAUGUAUAAUUUAGUUUAGAAUUCGUAUUUCUUUCUAUUUAGAGACUAGUUUCUAUUGAAAAAAUAUCAGUAACAAAUGGAAUAUUUGAUUUUGCAGUGAGAUUAUUUGUUACAGUGUGGUUAAAACGUGAACUGAUUUGAAUAUAAAAAUUUAUUUACAGUUUUUUAUAAAGUUGGUGAUGUGAAUAACAUGAAUAGUAUUGUUUCGCCAGUAUCAGUAUUUCUAUUAUUUAUUAUUCAUUGAUAAUGAUAGUUAUGGAAGUAGUCUUUGUUGUAAUUUUUGAUUAGAAAGUAAGUACUGAUAUCUGAUUUCAUGUUAUACGCCACAAGACAUGAUAAAACAAAUAUUUAACACAUAUUCAUUAAAUUAAUUAGAUUUUCAUCCAUCAAUAACUCCAUCAAUAAUUCCAUCAAUAGUAUUUUUAAUCAUAUAACAGUUAUAGAGAUUGUCCAUAUAAUACUUAUAUUAACUUAUAUAAAUAUAUACAUAAUACAAUAAUACAAAUAAUAUAAUACAAAUAAAAAUUCAGGUUCAUACCAAAAGAGCUUAAGAAAAAAUACUAAAUACUAAAUAUCUAAUCUUCUAGAUUUUAUUUUUUUACAUAAUAUAAAACUCUUUUCUUCGUUAAUUAAUAAUAUCAAACUAAAUUUAAAUUAAGUUACAUUCUAAUAUCUCCAUAAAAUUUCCAUAAUAUCUUUCCAUCUUCAGUCUUCAAAUGAUAAUACCAGCAAUAAGUUCACGCUUUAUCCACAGCGCAAUAACAUCUUAAAUGUACAUAAAUAUAAUUCUUCUUUCCAUUUAUACUCUCUCGCACAAUAUUUAUCAUCAGAAAUGCUCCAAUCCUCUAAAAUUUUUUAAUUACAUCACAAUCCCAAUAUCCAUCCAGAACCAAUGGAUACAUAUAAGACGAGGUACUGCUUAGAACGUGCAAUAUCAUGAUCAUGGGUGGGUUUCAGGGGCUGCGUGUUGCGAGGGGCAUUCAGGCAACUCACGUAUUCACGAAUACACCCGAACAAUAUUGAUUUGCCCGGGACCACCUGUAGCCAACUCUCGUCCAAUGUUCUGAUACAUACACGCAUACACACACUGUGUCGAUGGUUAUGAAUCUCGUCUAAUUGCGAGUAGGAAUAAUUACUGUGUCAGUUGUGCUCUUUCUCUCUUCUCUCUCUCUCUCUCUCUCUCUCUCUCUCUCUCUCUCUCUCUCUCUCUUUCUAUCUCUAUCUCUAUCUAUCUAUCUAUCUCUUUCUUUUUUGGUGCAUUUCAAGUACCUUAAUUAUGUCUCAUAUGAGAGUAAAAAGUUAAUCGAUUAAUGAAUUGCGAUAGACAUCGAUUAUAUUUUGCAUUUCUUUCGAAAAAAAUCUGUCUUUUUUUUUUUUAUAUUAUUAUAUAAACCUCUGUUGUAUCGCAUUUGAUGGACUAAAUGGUAACUCGCGAUGUAAUUUUCUUCGCGCGAUGACAUAUCUUGCAUCUUUAAUUUUCGACGACUCUCCAUCAUUUCAUGCGAAAGAAAAAUUAUCAAAGAGAAGAAAUACUAUUUACAUAAUGUGAGUUUAGUUUCGUUAUAUAUCUCACGUCGCAAUUUCCUUGCUGCAAUGUAUACCAGGAUAUAUCUUGCAUCUUUAAUUUUCGAUCUGUCUGUAAAACUUAUUGUUUUAUUUCAAAAAAAAGAAAAAAAUUAAAAAGUAUUUAAGAAAAUAUAAUAUUAGCAUAAUGUUAACACUUGAACUCAUUUUCUCAGAUGAAUUUCUCGUAGUUUUUUUGCGUUCGAUGUUUUCGACGAGAUGUUUUUUUUUUCUGAUUAAUUUUCAAUAUGAACUCGAUAUGAUUUGAACGAAAAAAAAAAGAGAAAAUUUUAUUGGUUUAUAAAAAUAUUCUACGUUUGCUUCGUCAAAAUAAAGAGGAUUAUUAACAAAUUUGUGCAGAUAUACGAGAUGUUUUGUAUUUUAAAGGAAAAAUGAAAUAUAUCUAUGAACGAUAUUACGUCAUGAGAUACCGGAUAGUCCAUAAAUAUGAAGGGAUUAAAUAACGUUAAAUGGCUAGAAAUGAAAUUUAUUUGCACAUAAUGAGGAAAAUAAACGUGUCAUUUAACAGUGCUGCGUGUGAUGAUAAAUUCAUGAUCAUUUGUAUGGAAUAUAUGAUACCGGAAGUGUUGUUCUGGUCUCAAUUUGAUUAAAUUGUUGAUUAAAUUGUUGAUUAAAUUGUUAUUAAUUGUACAUUAUAAUACUGUGUUAAGUUUCUAUUUUCUAGAUUUAAGAGAGAGAAAAAUAUAUACAUUGUAAAACUUCAUUGAAAUUUUGAUAAAAUAUCGAAUGAAGUAUUUUUUUUAAUUUUGCUCCCUUAAAGAAUUUUCGAAUUUUUAAGAACAAAGGAAUAAUAAUUGUACAUGUAUUUUUAAAAAUCUUUUUUUUUUCAAGGUUUCAUAGGGCACUUUAUAUCAUUGAAUUUUUCAUUUAUAAAUGAAGGUUAUUUUUUAAAAAUGUCAAUUAACAUUUCUUAAUUUUCGUUUAAAAAUUUUGUAAAAAUCGAAUAUAAAUUACUAACGUUACAUUUUACAAUGUAAAUAUAACAACAGUAAAAUAUAA